AUGUUUAAAGGUGAUCUUACAUUCAUAAGUAAAAGACUUAACAAAAAACCAAUAUGUCAAAAUACUCUUAACGCAAUUCAUGUAGCAUCAUCCAAAAAAAAAAUUGAACAAACCAAGAAUGAAUUGAUGAAAAUAGAAUCUAGAAAUGUAAGACCAAUCAGCAGAAUUAAAGUAAUUAAAGUACAGGAUAAAAAAUUGAUAAAGAAUCGUGAAUCCCAAAAUUACAGAGGUGCUUUGAGACCAAAAAACUGGAAAACAAAUGAGAAAUUUACAUUAAAUGUUCCUGUAUCUGUUAAGGAUGAGGUUGCUGAUGAUGUUCUUCACACAUAUAAUAAUCUUGUUGAAGGCAAUAUCAUCCCUUUUAUUAGACUUCUAAAGAACACCUUAUCAACAAGAUCAUGGAUGUCAUUGUUAUCAGCAGAUGAACCUGUUCUUCAGGCAAUUGUUGAAAUGCUUCUUCCAUUAAAGUAUCGUAUUCCAGAACUUUGCCUUGUAAUGGAUGGAAAAAAACAAAAGGGAUCAGGUCGUUAUGGUUUUCUUGACAUUUUUAUUCCUGGAAAAGGAAAAAAAAAUAAUAUUAGUAUUGAAUUAAAAUAUAUAUCAUUGGCUGGUUUAAUGGGAGAUCCUACUAGAAAUCAAUUUGGUAUAAUUGAAUUGGGAAGAUUAGAUAAAAUGCUUGAAAAAGAAAAUGAGAAAUUUUUAUUAAAUCAAUCAUAUUUAUAUUGGAACAAAGAAUUUGAACAAAUUAGAGGUACAACUAUAGGUGAAAUCUUGAAUAAUGGUAAACACCAGUUGAAAUCAUAUAUGAAUAUAAUUUCAAAAGGACCAUCAAUUGAUUAUUUUUCUUCAGGAAUAUUUGAUGAACGGAUCAGGAUAACUAGAUCAAAUUAUUCUAAUAAACUAAAAGGAUUUAUUAUUAUAGUGAUUGGAUUUCGUCAAAUUCUAUGGAGACCUGUUGAAGAGAUAAUAACAAAUUAUAGAUAUGAUAAAGUUUAA